AAAAAAAGCACUUUCUUAUCAAACUGUCAAAUUAGUUAACUGAGAGACUGUAUAGAAACUUAAACUAGAUAAAAAAGCCGAAAAGCUGCCAGAUUCCUGUUACGGAUAAAUAGACGGUGAAUUGAGAUAGAUCAUGAAGUUAAGAGUGCUACAAAUAUGAAUUGGGACGCAUGGUAAAAUGGUCAGCUUGUAAAAGCAGUAAAUGUAACGUUAAUUUUCAAAUUGAGGUGUUGAAUUAUCAGGAAAAUGAAUUAAAGUCUGUAAAUUUUAUAUAGACCUACUUUAAAAAGUAUAAACUUAAAUUGUUAAACUGAGAUUCGACAAUAAACAUUUAGCAUGGACUCUGAGCUGCCAAAUAAAAUGGCACACUUGGACAUAAUGGAAAUUGAUGAAUCUGUCGCGGAGGAAGCAAAUAAUGAAGAAAAUGUAACUGCUACAACUUCACGUGUUUUAAGGAAGAGAAAGUCAUUAGCAAUCGAGCCACCUAAACUUUCUAACCGUCGAGUUAGUAUAAGACCUAGAAAACGUAAUAUUAAAGAAGAUGCAAAUCAAAAAGAAAUUGAAGCUCUGUAUCUUAACAAAAAAGUUAAAACAUUAUCUCAAACACUAGAGACAAUUUAUGAAGAGCCAAAAGUGAGUGCCUCUGGCUCAGAGACAAAUAUUCAUGGCAGAAAAGUUAAAAGAUUGCUAACAUUUCAAUUGGGCAGCCACUACACUAAAGAAAAAAUAAAAAGGCGACGGGCAAAGAUUAAAAAGCUUCUGGGCAAUAAAACAUUUUUAAAUAGGAAAAAAAUACCAAUGCAAGUAUUUCUUAAAACUAUUGAAUGUCUCGAUCUGGAUGAAGUCGUACAUUCAGAGAGUAAAACUAUUGAAGAUGGACCCAACUCAUGAACUGAUCAUCAUAAUUCUAAGAUUAGCCUCAUUUAUAGGCAUAUUUUUAAUUAUAUCUUAGUACUUAUUUACUAAAAGCAAUAUGUAAGCUGUAAUAUUUGAAUUUUGUGUAAACUGA